GGUGACGUUUUUGUGCGUCAUGACGUAGUUCCUUACGUACGCUCACAUCACAUAACCCCAUGCGUGAGCUACCCUGAUCGUUGACAUUGGAACAGAACGUGGUUAAAAGUACUACAGCGGGAUGGGGGCCUUGACUUCAACACCUGCAGCUUCUACAGUUCAAGCAGAGGCAAUGAUUGCCACCCCUCCUCAAGGCUGUCCUAUGCACAAAGAAAAUCAGCCUGUUAAAGUUGUAUCUCCCCCAUCAGAGUGUCCCAUGCAUAAACCUCAGCCAGUUGCAGCGUCUCCACCUCCGGAGUGUCCAAUGCACAAAGCUGAAGCCGGCCCAGAUCACCAGGCUCGGGCCUAUGAAUUUGUGGAGUGUCCCAUGAAAGCUGCAGCAGGCUCGAAUAAUGACAUCGACCCUACAAAUAUGAUGCCUCCUCCUAACCAAACACCUGCUCCAGACCAACCCUUCGAGUUAUCCCUCAACAGAGAAGAAUCUAAAAUUCCUCGCCAUGGCAGCGAAAAGCACUGGGUGUACCCAUCUGAACAGAUGUUCUGGAAUGCCAUGCUGAGGAAGGGGUGGCGCUGGCGUGAAGAUGACCUUGCUGCUGCCGACAUGGGCAACAUCAUCAAAAUCCACAACAAGAACAAUGAACAAGCCUGGCAUGAGAUCCUGAAGUGGGAGGCCCUGCAUGCAAGUGAAUGUCCAUGUGGUCCAUCCUUGAAGAGGUUUGGAGGGAAAGCCAAAGAGUACUCGCCAAGGGCUCGUUUCCGUCAUUGGAUGGGCUACGAGCUGCCCUUUGACCGUCACGACUGGAUCAUUGACCGCUGUGGAAAGGAGGUCCGCUACGUCAUCGACUAUUAUGAUGGAGAAAUCGACAAAGAAACGUACCAGUUCUCCAUCCUGGACGUACGCCCGGCUUUUGACUCUUUAGGUGCCGUAUGGGAUCGCAUGAAAGUGGCCUGGUGGCGAUGGACCUCCUGAAGAACUCUUUCAUGAACUUCAAGGUGCUCAUUUUAGCUCUUUGCAAUUUUUGUGUUGCUGUGUAAAGACAAAUCAGCUUUUGGCGACCUAAUCACGGUUUGUAAGAAAUUAGUCUUCCGCUAAUUGUAUGACUAAGACUUGCUUUGAAGUUCACUGUUAUUUUUUUUUUUAACAGGAUAAGUUAUUACUGCUCAAGUUUUUAUUUGUACAAAUUACCUUGAAAUAUCACAAAAACUGCAUUGUACCAUGUGUUAUGUAAUAACUAAAACAUAGUAGUUAAUUGUUAAAGUAAUUCUCAUGUAAACGUUUGGAGACCACUGCUUUCCAUAUUAUAUCAAUAUACUGUAUUACUGUAACUAAUAAAUUUCCAUCAACCUA